UUCCGUCAACAAAACCCACAACCUUUGCUGAGGACACAAAUUGCCUUCUACGAACAUUAAUUUGUAGAUAGUGUAGCUUCCCAUCCAUCAUGACAAGCUUCGUAGGUCAAAAUAAAGGUCUGGUCGACUUUGACCAGAAGAGUCUGGCAGUUGCUGCAGCAGCAAUUGCCUUCAACCCAGUCUUCUGGAACACUGUAGCUCGUCAAGAAUACCACAAUAAGAUUUUGACCAAGCUCGCCGGCGGCAAUUCUCGAAUGGCAUGCUACGGACUCGCCGUGACCAUUUUCUCCCUAGGCAUCUUCCGCGACUUCCUGUACGAACGAGCCCUGCGCGCCCAACCCAGCCAUCCCCUCCUCCAGACCGCCCUUGCAACCUACGUCGCGUACGGCCUCCUCGCCGUCGGCAAUAUCCUCGUCUUGUCCUCCAUGUGGGCGCUCGGCGUCACUGGCACAUAUCUUGGUGAUUACUUUGGCAUUUUGAUGGAUGAUAUCGUGACUGGGUUCCCGUUCAACGUUGUGGCUUCGCCCAUGUAUUAUGGCUCUACGAUGAGCUUUCUGGGAACGGCUAUUUUGUUUGGCAAGCCUGCCGGUAUCCUGUUGACUGCUGAGGUUUUGAUUGUCUACUUGAUUGCAUUGAGGUUCGAGGACCCGUUCACAUCUGCUAUCUAUGCAAAGAGGGAGAAGGCGCAGAGCAAGAGUGGAUUGAAGAAAGCCAAGAAAGAGCUGUAG